AUGCGCUAUGUUGGCUACCAUCCCAACAUCAUCAACCUGCUGGGAACCUGUGACUACCAAGGUCAGCAGUAUAUGGCUUUAGAGAUGGCUGGAAAUGGCGAUCUGAAGAAGUACCUGAGAACGUCUCGGGUUCUGGACACGACAAGUCCGGCUUACGCCAACAUCCGCCAGACUGUCGGCACCGUGUCCACCCUGUCACCGGUCCAGCUCCUCCGUAUCACCUGUGACGUGGCAACGGGGAUGGAACACCUGUCAUCUAAAGACGUGAUCCACCGUGACCUGGCGGCCAGAAAUGUUCUCCUCACAGACAGUCUCAUCGCCAAGGUUGCUGACUUCGGACUGUCACGUGGGGAAGGCAUCUAUGAGCAAACAUCCAAGAGAGCUGUUCCUUUCCGUUCCACCGCGCUAGAGGCGCUGGGCAGGAGGAUUUACACAACCCAGAGUGACGUAUGGUCUUUUGGAAUUCUACUAUGGGAGAUUGUCACUUUGGGAGGAACCCCGUACAGCGGAAUGAAAUCGAGAACUCUGCUGAGAAGCCUGCGUGAAGGAUACAGACUGCCAAAGCCAAGGAACUGCGAUGAAGACUUGUACCAGAUGAUGCUGCAGUGCUGGCAGCGCCGUCCUGAGGACAGACCGACCUUCUCGGACCUGGUGGAACAGCUGAAGGGCAUGAUGGAGGACAAGAGCAGCUACGUCAACAUUGAGAAUAAUGACGAUUUUGAGUACGCGAUGAUUGACUCUGAUGACAAUGAUGACAUGGAUGAUGGUGAUGAUGCAUUCACAGGAUAG